AUGUACCUACCGGCCGGGUCUGGGGAGGAAAAUACAUUCCGAGACCAUGUGAUUAUGGCCGAUAGCCUGUACCAUAUAAUUACCACAUCGAUGGAGACGUGCGUUGAAGAGAUAAAAGACUUGGGUGUGAUAAUGGAUAAAAAACUCACCUUUGCCAGUCAUCGAUCCGCCGUCAAUGAUAAGGCUAAUCGUCAGUUGGAGUUUAUAACCGAAAUAGCCAAAGAUUUCUAUGAUCUGUAUUGCUUGAAUGCUCUGUAUUAUAAAGGUAACAAAACAGUGCUAAUGCUCGCCAAUGAGUAUAGACAGAAGAUGAUGGUACUGUUGGAGGACACCAAAACAUAUAAAUUAUUAACCCGGGACCCUACCACUUCUUUUCAACGCAAAAACAAUGCUUUGGUGGAGCGGUUACAUAAUCUGAAACUAAUCGACAAAAAAACAGCUUCCAACCUGAAAUCGCAGAACGCACUAUGCCCAAGAAUUUACGGGUUACCUAAAGCGCACAAACCUGGUUUACCUUUGAGACCUGUAGUACCUAAUAUGACGGCGCCGUCCUAUGAACUUUCAAAGUUCGUAGGAAGAAUUAUUCAAAAUUCCAUGGAUAGUGCAUACAACAUUAAAGAUUCCUUCGAGUUUUGCGAUUUCAUCAACACUGUCACGUUACCUGUUGGAUAUUCGUUGAUUUCAUUGGAUGUGGUUUCAUUGUUCACAUGCAUUCCAAAGGAACUAGUAUGCCAUGACGUAAUUUGUUACUGGGACCAAAUAAGACCAAACGCUAAGAACAUUUGCUUGGACCUGUUUCUGGAGCUGGUUGAAUUUUGCAUCGACGCUAGUUUCUUCAAAUUUGAUGGACGGUACCACCAACAGGUCUUCGGAACAGCUAUGGGCAACCCUUUAUCGCCAAUUGUAGCGGAGCUUGUCACAGAGGUAUUGCUUGAUUGCGUACUCAAACAGCUUAAAAUCAAAGUGCCGUUCAUCAAAAAAUAUGUCGACGAUUUAGUCACUGCCAUUCCACUCGAUCAGCUUGACUACGUGCUCAAGAUUUUUAAUAGCUACAACCCUAACAUCCAGUUUACCUGUGAAACAGAGGAAAACAACCGGUUACCUUUCCUUGACAUGCUACUUGUCAGACACGAUGAUCAACAUAUAUCGACGGAAUGGUACCAAAAACCGAUUGCAAGUGGCCGUUUUCUAAACUAUUUUUCGGCGCAUCCACCUCACCAAAAAAUAAACAUGGCCAUCAAUUUUAUUAGUAGAGUGAACAGGUUGUCCACCGGCCUCUCGGAGUCUGCAAAAGUCAACAUAAUGGACCAACAUUUGAAGCUGAACGACUACCCUAAGAUACUGCGACAUCACCUGAUCAACCAGAGAAACUGUAGGAGUACCGAGCAACAUAGUUCCAACCAAUCGCCGAGUGAACACCUGGAAUACACUUACCGGUCAAUAGCAUACAUUCCGUAUCUCACCGAUAAGAUCAUUCCAAAACUGCCGAUGUUGGAAAAUCUCAUGAUGUACGUAACCGAUGAAAGCUCAUCCGGUGAGGAUUCGGAUGAAGAAACUGCAGCUGGGCUGUAG